CCACAGUCACCACAUCACCUCUGAUGUUCUGUUAGGAUCUAUCAUUGGACUUUCCUGUUUAUAUUUCAUCUGUCUUCCAUCUCCCAUAUCUAUCUUCUAUCUUUCCUAUUUCCCACCUACAUGCUACCCUACUUAACAUCAUUCAGAUGCAGCGUGUUGUCCACGCUGUUCUCCUGUAGAGCCCUCAGCCGCUGGCGACCACCCCUUCAUCUGCCCAUAACGUGAGAUCAGAAAUCCCCGCCCUAAACCACACUACACCUUCUGCUCCUUUAAGAUGCUCCCUAAAACCUUUGAACGAGUUUAGGUUUCAGUUCCAUGUGUGGUUCUGUGUCUGCCGUGACAAUGGUGCGGCGAAGCUGCCGUGGAUAACGUGGCUCCAAGAGUGAAGGUGGCUGUUAUCCAGAUGCCCCGGAAACCUCCUCUCUGCUCAAGCUGUCGCUCAGACACCCAGUGAGUCUGUCAGCUGGUCUACACCAUGGGUCAAAUGUUGAAGGCCGUCCUCUUCCUAUGUAUGGCAGAGUCUGCCUUUGCCAAGGAACCCAUCCAACCUGCCGUCAACAUAGCUGUUAUACUCGGAGGCUCUUGGUAUCACAUGGAAAUCAAGGGUAGCUUCAAUGGAGAUAUCUUCCAAGACCUGUCUGUACAAAUCAACACCAUCACACUGAUAAUGAACAACACUAAUCCCAGCAGCCUGAUCUCAAACAUCUGCGACGUGCUGCCCAGAUCCAGGAUCCAUGCCAUUAUCUUUGAGGAUGUUAUUGAAUCUGAGGCUGUGGCAUUAAUUCUGGACUUCAUCUCUGCACACAUGUCGGUGCCAAUCAUUGGGAUGAACAGAGGUUCCGCACUUGUGCUGACUCCGAAGGCCCAUCGCUCUGCAUUCCUCCAGCUGGGGGCUUCCAUGGAACAUCAGAUCAGGGUAAUUUUCAAAGUAAUGGAAGAGUAUGACUGGGGGAGCUUUGCCAUCAUUACCAGCUUCUUCCCUGGAUACUUGGAGUUUCUGGACCAUAUCAGGCUUCAUGUUGACACCAGCUAUUUUGAGUGGGAAGUUGUACAGACUCUUACUCUUGAAAUGACAAGAGAUGGCAAUGAUUCCACAACAAAGCGGCUUCUCCAGCAGAUUGAUGCCCAAGUUUUGAUUCUGUAUUGCUCUCGACAAGAGGCUGAGUACCUUUUUGAAAUGGCCGAACAGGCUGAUCUCUUAGGCCCAGGCUAUGUCUGGAUACUCGCCAGUAUUGCAGUUGGCAACCCAGAACAGGUUGCAAAACAAUUCCCUGCGGGCUUAAUCAGUGUAAUGACGGAGCGAUGGAAGAUGAGUUUAAGGCAAAGGGUGCUGGAUGGCAUGGCAAUCAUCGCAAAAAGUGCAGAGAACUUUUACAAAGCAUAUGGAUAUAUUCCUGAAGCAAACUCUGACUGCAUGAAUUCAAUUCAAGGGGGCACGGAGAGCAUAUUGUACAGGCACAUGUCGAAUGUUAGCUGGGGAGGUAAAGAAUUCUCUUUCAAUGAGGAUGGAUAUUUGGUGAGACCACCGAUGGUUGUGUUGAAGUUGAACAGUGGCAGGUUUUGGGAGCGGGUUGGGAGAUGGAAAGAUGGCCUGAUAAGAAUGAAAUAUCCAGUGUGGCCAAGAUAUACGGCAUUCCAGGAGCCUUUUCUCGACAGUGAUCAUCUAACCGUUGCCACAUUAGAGGAGAGACCAUUUGUGAUUGUGGAGGAAGUGGAUUCUGAAAAUGGAGCUUGUGUGCGCAACACAGUCCCCUGCAGGAAACAAGCAAACCUCAGUGACAGCAUUGUUGAUGGAUACACCAAGUUGUGUUGUAAAGGAUUCUGCAUUGAUAUCCUAAAGAAACUCGCCAAAACAGUCAAGUUUUCCUAUGACCUUUACCUUGUGACCAAUGGAAAGCACGGAAAGAUUGUGCACGGAACGUGGAAUGGAAUGAUUGGAGAGGUGUUCUACCAGAGAGCAGAUAUGGCCAUUGGCUCUCUCACUAUAAACGAGGAGCGUUCUGCGAUUGUGAGCUUUUCUGUUCCCUUUGUGGAGACUGGGAUUAGUGUGAUGGUUGCCAGGAGCAAUGGGACAGUCUCCCCAUCGGCUUUCCUUGAGCCUUACAGCCCUGCUGUGUGGAUGAUGAUGUUUGUGAUGUGCCUGAUGGUAGUUGCUCUCACUGUUUGUGUAUUCGAGUAUUACAGCCCUGUUGGAUACAACCAAAACCUCCAGAGUGGCAAGAUUACAGGAGGUCCGACAUUUACCAUAGGCAAAUCGGUGUGGCUUCUCUGGGCAUUGGUCUUCAACAACUCUGUCCCCAUUGAAAAUCCCAAAGGUACAACGAGCAAAAUCAUGGUCUUAAUCUGGGCCUUCUUCGCUGUCAUCUUCCUGGCAAGUUACACUGCAAACCUGGCAGCGUUUAUGAUCCAAGAGCAGUUUGUCGACACAGUCUCAGGUCUCAGUGACAGAAAGUUUCAGAAACCCCAGGAUCAAUACCCAGCAUUCCGAUUUGGCACAGUUCCCAAUGGCAGCACUGAAAGGAACAUCAAAAACAACUACCCGGAUAUGCACUCCUACAUGACCAGAUACAAUCAGCGCUCAGUGGAAGACGCUCUGGCCAACUUGAAAUCAGGGAAGCUUGAUGCGUUUAUUUAUGAUGCAGCUGUUCUCAAUUACAUGGCUGGGAAGGAUGAAGGCUGCAAACUUGUUACCAUUGGAAGUGGAAAGGUAUUUGCCACGACUGGUUAUGGGAUUGCUCUGCAAAAAAAUUCCAGGUGGAAGCGAGCCAUUGACCUAGCCCUGUUACAGUUCCUGGGUGAUGGAGAUAUACACAAGUUACAUACUGUCUGGCUGACAGGAAUCUGUGAGAAGGAGAAGAAUGAGGCGAUGAGUAGCAAACUGGAUAUCGAUAACAUGGCUGGUGUGUUCUAUAUGCUGCUGGUGGCCAUGGGCCUCAGCCUGCUCGUCUUUGCCUGGGAGCAUUUGGUGUACUGGAAGCUGAGGCAUCUCGUGAAAGAAGCCAGCAAGACUGAUUAUCUGCUGGCCAUCAGCAGGGGAGUUUACAGCUGUUUCAGUGGUGUCCAGGUGGUCCCCAGCCCACUCCACAUUGCAUCUCCCAUCGUCUCUUCCAACUUUUCUCAGGCUAAUGUGCUGAAGAUGCUGCAAGCUGCCAGAGACUUGGCCUCCUCCACAAAUAUGGGAAGCUCUCCAGAGAGUGGUACAAAGGCAACAGAGUCUCGGGCACCUGCAGGCGAUGACAUCUCCAGUGACCUUUCUGAAGGCCCAUUGCAGAAUAGGAAAGGAGCACGUUCCAUCGAGAGCAGACUUACUGCCAGUGGGCUGCCAGUCCGCUCCUUGUCAGUGCCAAGACCUCCAGCAUUGGUUUCACCCCCACUCACUGCCAUCAGAACAUCUCCUGCCCAGGAGACAGGCUGGCCCAAUCAGACAGUCAUUAAAUACAAACACAGGCCAACUGGCAAUCGUCUUACUCCAAGAUCGACCUUAAACCACAUCCCACGUCCCAUUCGUCCCCGUGAGCUUCCUGUACUUUCCCAACACAGCAAGCCAUUUCACGAGGGAAAGAAUGUGAAGUCUCCUAGUAUCCCAUUUAUCUACAGUGAUGAAUAUUUACAGGAUAUUUACAAUAGAAAAUAUUUCAGAAGGCGACUUCCUGUGCCUUGCAGGAAGUUAGCCCAUCCUACCGAGACUGUAGGUGGUCAAAGUGGGUCAGAGAUGGUAACUGCCCUAAAACCUUGUGCUGGAAUGGAUGAGAAAUGGCUUGUGGCAAAUCUGUGCCCCUCGAUGUCGUACCCAAAGCAGGGAAACCACAGCUUCUGCAGCAGGUGUUAUUCUGGGCUACAGCCAGAGAAAUUACCCGUACUGACCAGGCGAUCUUCCUAUGUCAGAGCAACAAGGGACGAGGAAGAAACCACGAGAUUUCAGGUCAAAUUAGGAAACUUAAAGUCAGGAUCACAAGGAGAGAUAGUUGGUUCAUUCCAUAGUCAUGACAGUGAGAUUCUGGAACCUGCUGGGAAAGCUGCCAAUGUGAGGGGAGGGUUCCCAGGCCACAGGAAGAUGCACUUGGACCCCAGUUCACCCAGAAAGCUCAAGUAUUCACUGUCUGCCAGGCUUCCCUCUUACAGAGAGGCCUGCCUGCAAAGCUCAACAAGCCUGAGAUGUGCCUCCCUAGCAUUGCAGCACCACUCAUGGCCCAGGCCCUCCCUGUAUGUCUGGCAGCACAGAUGGGGCUCCCAGCACCACAGCUGGUUGGCUGGGCCUGGAGACUGGUCCUGUGACAGAGGCAUUCGCAUGAAGUACUUGGAAAGAAAGACCAUGCACCAGGGCAGCACCCCGAGGCAGCCCACUGUUGGCACAUGCAAGACCAUCCAUCAUGGAACAAGAGCCAGAAGCAGCUUUCACCUGGAGUCGAGAAGAGCAAGAGAUAAUUCCCCCCGUUUGAGAAAAUGUGCAAGGAUUUUAAGCUUGGAAUCUGAGGUAUAGGAGCCAGUAAAGUUCAAAGAGUUAGUCCACAAGAGGGAAGUUUCUUACAUUCAGAGAACUGCCUCCCUUUUCAAUGAGUUUAAAUGACUUCACUCUCAAUGAUCAAAAUGUAGCUUAACUAGCAAUGCAUCAAUUUGGGUUGAAAUAAUAAUUUCUCCCAACCUUACUCUGCUCUGUCACCUGUUCCACUCGCCCAUAAUGCUACAUAGCAAAAACCUGUCAUGUCCCAAGGGUCUUAGUGAACAGACAGAACGUGGAGGCAAAAAAAACGAUGAAUUCAAGAAAGCAUGAAGACAUUGACUAUGCUCAGGACUGUGGUUCUCUUGGGACACAAGCCCUUGUCAUAGAAAUGAAGCACCAAGUUUUGUUUCUUUAAAUCUGAUAAAUAUGGUGUUUUGCUAUGUGAACAGAACUUUUCUUGCCUUCAACUGAUUAGCAACCACUAAGCUUUAAGAACUGCCUGAACGAGCUGCUGAGUGGCUGUCAAAAAUCAUUCUCUGAUCUGCACUCAUAUAGAAGUAGAUUACAAAACAUUAAGGUGCUUCCACACUAUGUACUAGUCCAAAGCACAGCUGCUUGCCACAUCACCACCAAUGCAGGCAGAAUCAACGGCACCAACCCCAGCCGUAAUGCAAUCAGUGUCAGAGUCAGCACCCUGCUGGAGAAGCUCAGAUCCCUUUACCAGGGUUCCUCGGCACUAGUCAAGACAAAGGUGCAGGGAUGUCGUGGUCAGCACUCUGGCACAGCCACCGCUCUCAACAAAGGCUCAAACGUUUGGAAUAAUCAAGGGCUUCUUACCUGACACAAUCGGAUGUGAACUUAACCAAUCUUGGUUUGAAAUAAACAGGAAUUAAUGUUUCAGGUUGAAGACCUUUCAUCAGAACUGGGAAAAGUUGGUCAACAAUCAUGUUUUAAAUUGCAGAGAAGGGGGAGGGGUGAAGAGAACAAAGGCAAUGUAUUGGUAUUGGUUUAUUAUUGUCACUUGUACCAAGGUUCAGUGAAAAACUUGUCUUGCAGACUGUUCAUACAUAUCAAUUCAUUACACAGUGCAUUGAGGUAGCACAGCGUAAAACAAUAACAGAAUACAGAGUAAAGUGUCACAGCUACAGGGAAGUGCAUUGCAAGUAGUCAUAACAAGGUAGAUUGUGAGGUCAAGAGUCCAUCAUUGUAUAAGGGAACCAUUCAAUAGUCUAAUCACAGUGGGAUAGAAGCUGUCCUUGAGCCUGGUGGUACGUGCCCUCGGGCUCCUGUAUCUUCUACCUGAUGGGAGAGGGGAGGAGAGAGAAUGACCCAGGUGGGUGGGGUCUUUAAUUAUGCUGGCUGCUUCACCAAGGCAGCGAGAGGUAUAGACCUUGGAGGGGAGGCUAGUUUCCGUGAUGUGCUGAGCUGCAGUUUCUUGCAGUCCCAGGCAGAGCAGUUGCCAUACCAAGCCAUUAUGCAUCCAGAUAGGAUGCUUUCUACAGUGCAUCGAUAAAAGUUGGUGAGAAUCAAAGGGGACAUGCCAAAUUUCUUCAGCCUCCUGAGGAAGUAGAGGCACUGGUGAGCUUUCUUAGCUGUGGCGUCUACAUGGUUGGACCAGGACAGGCUAUUGGUGAUGUUCACUCCUAGGAACUUGAAGCUGUCAACCUUCUUGACCUCAGCACAAUUGAUGCAGACAGGUGCAUGUACACCACCCCCUUUCCUGAAGUCAAUGACUAGCUAUUUUGUUUUGUUGACAUUGAGGGAAAGGUUGUUGUCAUGACACCACGCCACUAAGUUCUCUCUCUCCUUCCUGUACUCCAAUUCAUCGUUAUUUGAGAUACGGCCUACUACAGUGGUAUCACCUGAAAACUUGUUAGAGCAGAAUCUGGCCACACAGUCAUGAGUAUAUAGGGAGUAGGGUAGAGGGCUGAGGAUGCAGCCCUGUGGGGCACCAGUGUUGAGAAUAAUCGUGUUGGAGGUAUUGCUGCUUAUCCUCACUAAUUGCCGUCUGUUGGUCAGAAAGUCAAGGAUCCAUUUGCAGAGUUGAGUCCCAGUUCUCGGAGUUUGGUGAUAAGUUUGCUUGGAAUUAUAGUAUUGAAGGCGGACCUGCAGUCAAUAAACAAUAGUCUAACAUAGGUGUUUUUACUGUCCAGAUGCUCCAGAGAUGAGUGUUGGGCCAGGGAGAUGGUGUCCACUGUAGUCCUGUUUUGGCAGUAGGCGAAUUGCAGUGGGUUGUGGUUUGUUGGGAGGCUGGAGUUAAUGCAAGCCAUGACCAGCCUCUCAAAGCACUUAAUGAUGGUGGAUGUCAGAGCCACCUGUUGGUAGUCAUUAAGGCAUGUUACCUUGCUUUUCUUAGAUACUGGGAUGAUAGUGGUCUUCUUAAAACAGGUGGGAACCUCAGACUGAAGCAGGGAGAGGUUUAACAUCUGCGAAUACCCCCACCAGCUGAUCAGCACAAUAUCUGAGGACAUGGCCAGGGACACCAUUUGGGCCAGAUUCCUUCCUCAGGUUCACUCUCCAGAAGACUGAUCUUACAUCCUCGAUGGUGACCAUGGGUUCAGCUGCAUUGGAGACUGUCAGGGUGGGUGGUGACAAACCACCCCCCUUCUAUUCAAAAUGUGCAUAGAAUGCGUUAAGCUCAUCAGGAAGGAUGCGCUGUUGUUGACUAUGCAGCCCGACUUCGUUUUGUAGCCCGGUAUAGCAUGUAAGCCCUGCCACAACUGACGGCUGGUCUGGGACUCUUUUGAACCGGUAUUGUCUCUUGGCAUUCCUGAUAGCUUUACGGAGGUCGUAUCCUAAUUUCUUGUAAAGGUCAGGGUCACCUGAUUGGAACGUCUGUGAUGGGAGACCAGGAGAAACUGAAGGACAAGUGGCAGUGGUUCCAGUUGAGAGGCGGGGGCUUGUUAAAUGCAGCUAAUCUGUCCAAAGGUGAUGCAAAUAGGAGAUGAAGGACAGAGAAAAUAGAGUGCUAGAACUGAAAUCCAAAAAUCAGUUAUUUCAGUAAUCCAAGCUCUCAGAACGAGUUAACUUCAAAACGUGCACAUUUAUGGAUGUCAAAAUGAAUCAAAUGCUAACAUUACAAUUAAUGAGAUUUCAAAGUCACUUAGUUCAAUCAUUACACAGUUAGGAGAACACAGAUCAAAUUCAUCCAAGUCAGAAUAAUUUCAGAGGGAACCAAGUUCUAACAUUACAGGGAAUUGAAUUCUGAUAUUGCACAGAUCUGAGCAAGUUGAGUCCAAACAAAUCAGAUACAGCUUUGAAUAGAUUUCUGACUCAAAUUCUUACAGUGCACAUAGAACAUGAUCUCAGGAAUGACCUAAAUGAGGACGUCAGUUAUGAAUUAUAUCACAGUAUUCAGACUACAACCUCAGACUCAAACAAGUCCUCACCUUGUACAUUUAGUGAUGGAACUCAGUGAAUUUCUGCUUAUUCUUCCUCAGCUGAUGAGGUGCAAUUGGGUGUGUCAUGGAAUAUUCUCCACUUGCCUGGAUGUGUGCAGUUCCAACUCAAGCAGCUUAACAACCAGUCAGGGCAAAGCUGCCAUCUUUAUUUGCACCCUAUCCACCACUUGAAAUAUUCAUUCCUUCCAUUACCAGCUCACGCUGGCUGCAGAUUGUGCCAUCAAAAUGCACCGUAGUUACUCACCCAGGCUACUCUGAUGGCACCUCAAUCAUCAAGGACAAGGGUAGUAGGCACCUGCAGUUUCCCUCAAGUUGCACAUCAUUCUGACUUUGAAAUAUCUUGUUGGCUUUUCAUCACUGCGAGGUCUCUUCUAGAGCUCACUCCCCAACAGCACUGUGGAACCUUCACCAGAAGGACUGCAGCAGUUUAUGACGACAGCUUAUCACCACCGUCCCAAAGACAAUGAUUGGAACCUUGCAGAUCCUAAAAAUUUGGAUGAAAAUCAUCAGCUAGAAACAGACCUUAAUGUGAAACAGUGAAAUUGCAAAGUUAGAGCUCAGUGCAAAACUGUAGGUCUGUCUCUAGCUAAUGAUUUUUAUUCAAUUGUUGGGGUUGAGUAGCAAUAAAUUGAAUAAAAAUAACUUUACAGUUAGGUAAACCUUGAAGUAAACCAUAUCUAUAAGUAACAGAUCUCAAAAUGUUUGAAUGUUCAUUGAUGUUAACCUUUCACAGCUGUAGAAUUUUUUUUGAUGGAAAUCAUUUUGGCACUCCGUGUGAAUCAGGUUCUAACCUGACAAUGAAGAGGCAGAGGGAGUUGAGUACUAAUCGUCUCCAAGCCAAUAUAUUUCUAAAAGUGUCAGCUUCUCGUAUCGCACACUGAGAGGUCAAAUGGGAA